UUUGCUACCAGCGUUAAAUUUGCAGGAACAAUUUUAAUUAAAUCAAAUAAAUAAAAUCCAAAAAAAAGCAUUCACAUCGCAACUAUCUAAUGGCUGCUAGUCGAGUUCUUAACAAAAACCAAAUUUGGCAAUUAAUCAUUAUUUGCAGCUAUCGUCGGUGGCGGCUUUGUAAGUCGAGAAUGCUACCUGACAAAAGAAUAUUCCAAACUUGAUUUAGCUUGAUUAUUGAAGGUUUAACCUUUUACAGACUGGAUAUAUUGAAAUCAAUGCAUGGUAAACAUAGGACCACGAAGACAGUAACCGGUACCCCAUUCAGGGAGUCGUAUGGCGGCAAAAGGUUAUAAAUUCAAUCGUUCACAGCCUAGCUUUGUUACUUUACCUUCGUGUCUUCUCAUAUUCAUAUAUUUGGCGUUGCAAUUAGAUUUAGCGUUCGCGUCAUACGAUUUAGAUGACAUUUAUCUCUCUGAACUCAAUAUUACCAACUUGAACUCGACAAUCAACUGGACAUUAGUAGAAAAUACAACAACAAUAGUUAGAAAUUCACAUAUAAAACAUUCAAAAUAUUCAACAUCGGUGACUAUUCUUCUAGCAAUAAUUUUCAUGAUAGUUAUAUUCGGUACUAUCGUGGGGAAUAUUUUAGUUUGUGUCGCCGUGUGCUUGGUGAGAAAACUAAGAAGACCAAGUAAUUAUUUGAUAGUUUCUCUUGCGGUGAGCGAUCUGUGUGUGGCUACAAUGGUAAUGCCAGUAGCUAUGAUAUAUGAUUUACUUGGUACUUGGCCUUUUGGACCUGUAGUUUGUGAUUUCUGGGUCUCAAGUGAUGUAUUAUCAUGUGCUGCCAGUAUUCUUAAUCUCUGCAUGAUAUCUGUUGACAGAUAUUACGCUAUAACAAAGCCAUUAGAAUAUGGUGUUAAAAGAACUCCUAGAAGAAUGUUAUUCUGUGUAUUUAUAGUUUGGAUGAGUGCAGCUUUCAUAUCCCUUCCUCCAGUAUUAAUAUUAGGUAAUGAGAAGACGGAGACGAGUUGUUCUGUAUCUCAGAAUCAAGGGUAUCAAAUUUAUGCUACUUUCGGUUCAUUUUAUUUACCACUAACUGUAAUGGUUGUGGUAUACUAUAAGAUAUUUAGUGCAGCUAGAAAGAUAGUAAAGGAUGAAAAACGAGCACAAUCACAUUUAGAGACGCACUGUUAUUUGGAGAUAAAUGUAAAGAAUGGUGGCGCGACAGAAGCGAAGCUAUUGGAUACUCAAGCACCACAGCCGACGAGAGGAUCUACUGCUAGCACUAAUACUAUGUGCAGCUCCGAGAAAACAGAAAGUUCGAUUGGCAGAUGUUUCACUGGACAAAGGAAAUCAAACGAAUCACAAUGCCCUAUGUUACACACAAGAACACCGAAUAAACCAAUCCAUACUAUAAACAGACCACCUGCAAAUGUUGAAAACCUACGUGAUACAAAGAGACAAAGCAAAGACGGUAGAAGACGUACAUCAUCUGAAAGUACACACAAGUUAACUACGAGUAGAAUUCGUUCUUCUUUAUCAAAUUUUGCUAAUAAAAGUCAUUUAGCUAAAGAUUUGCUACAUCAAUCACAUUCACCACAUCAGAAAAAGUUAAGAUUUCAACUUGCUAAAGAACGUAAAGCUUCGACCACAUUGGGGAUUAUUAUGUCUGCCUUCAUAAUUUGUUGGUUACCAUUCUUUGUAUUAGCCCUUAUAAGACCAUUCGUUAAUGAAGAUACAAUACCAGAUGCCGUCAGUGCGUUAUUCCUUUGGUUAGGAUAUGUCAACAGCCUUCUCAAUCCAAUAAUUUAUGCAACAUUGAACCGAGAUUUUAGGAAACCGUUCCAAGAGAUAUUAUUCUUUAGAUGUUCUAAUUUGAAUCAUAUGAUGAGAGAAGAAUUUUAUCACAGUCAAUACGGAGACCCAGAUCAACAUUAUUGUGUAAAUCCAUCCAAAAUACAGAACUACGAUGAAGGUGUUGAAAUAGUUUCGGCUGUAGACAGAGAAGAAAUAAGGGCUUCAGAAAGUUUUCUAUGAUUGUCAACUCAGGUCGAAGUUAAAGACCUUGAUACUGUGAUCUAAUUAGUAUUAAAAACAAAAGAACAAUAUGAAGUACAUAAGAUAAAAUAUAUAGCAC